GGCCGGGAGCUCGCAGUUGCUCCGAGCAGCUCGGGCUGAGCGCGGCCCCCGGUGCACAGCGGUGCGCAGCAGCACGACCAGGCGAGCGGCGCGGCCAGCCAGGUCCUUUGAUUGCUCCCCUCGAAACCAUGGAUCUGCAUCUCUUUGACUACUCGGAGCCGGGGAACUUCUCCGACAUCACCUGGCCCUGCAACAGCAGCGACUGCAUCGUGGUGGACACGGUGCUGUGCCCCAACAUGCCCAACAAGAGCGUCCUGCUGUACACGCUCUCCUUCAUCUACAUCUUCAUCUUCGUGAUCGGCAUGGUCGCCAACUCCGUGGUGGUCUGGGUGAACAUCCAGGCCAAGACCACGGGCUACGACACGCACUGCUACAUCCUGAACCUGGCCAUCGCAGACCUGUGGGUUGUCAUCACCAUCCCGGUCUGGGUGGUCAGCCUGGUGCAGCACAACCAGUGGCCCAUGGGCGAGCUCACGUGCAAGGUCACCCACCUCAUCUUCUCCAUCAACCUCUUCGGCAGCAUCUUCUUCCUCACCUGCAUGAGCGUGGACCGCUACCUCUCCAUCACCUACUUCUCCAACACCUCGAGCAGCAGGAAGAAGAUCGCGAGACGCGUCGUCUGCGUGCUGGUGUGGCUGCUGGCCUUCUGCGUGUCGCUGCCGGACACCUACUACCUGAAGACCGUCACGUCUGCGUCCAACAACGAGACCUACUGCCGGUCCUUCUACCCCGAGCACAGCAUCAAGGAGUGGCUGAUCGGCAUGGAGCUGGUCUCCGUCGUCUUGGGCUUUGCCGUCCCAUUCUCCAUCAUCGCCGUCUUCUACUUCCUGCUCGCCAGGGCCAUCUCGGCUUCCGGCGACCAGGAGAAGCACAGCAGCCGGAAGAUCAUCUUCUCCUACGUGGUGGUCUUCCUGGUGUGCUGGCUGCCCUACCACGUGGCGGUGCUGCUGGACAUCUUCUCCAUCCUGCACUACAUCCCCUUCACCUGCCAGCUGGAGCACGCGCUCUUCACGGCCCUGCACGUCACGCAGUGCCUGUCCCUGGUGCACUGCUGCGUCAACCCCGUGCUCUACAGCUUCAUCAACCGCAACUACAGGUACGAGCUGAUGAAGGCCUUCAUCUUUAAGUACUCAGCCAAAACGGGCCUCACCAAGCUCAUCGAUGCCUCCAGGGUCUCCGAGACAGAGUACUCUGCCUUGGAGCAGAGCGCCAAGUGACCCUCCCUGCAGGGGCCCUGGGACACGUGUGCUGGUUUGGAGCCGGGCCUCGGGCCGCCUGGUUUUCUAGAGUAAAGCAGAGUCGCUUCGGGUCUUGACGCUGGAGUGGCGUGAAGAGGGAAGCAGGUGGCGUUGCGCAUCUUCUCCUCCCUUUCUUGUGACGGAUGCGGCUGUCCCUUGGCUGUGUGUC